UUUUGUAGAAAUUAAUUCAAUAGGGAUAACCAAUUUGCGAAAUGGAGAAAAAGACCGCCAUCGAUGAUUUUGAAAUCCUUGAGUCCUUGGGAAAAGGUGUUUAUAGCACAGUUUACAAAGUCAGAAGGCUGAGUGAUUACUGUAUUUAUGCACUGAAGAAGGUUAAACUAGGCCAGCUCAAUGAAAAAGAGAGAAGCAAUGCCCUGAAUGAGGUCAGGAUACUUGCUUCUAUUAACCAUCCGAAUAUUAUACAGUAUAAAGAAGCCUUUAUUGAUGAGAGUACUUCUAAUCUCUGUAUUGUCAUGGAAUAUGGAGAGAACGGGGACCUAUAUGAGAGGAUAUGCAAGCAGAAAGAGAGGAAGAUGUAUCUCCCCGAAAACCAUAUAUGGAAAUAUUUCAUCCAAAUCACCCAAGCUCUUGUAUAUUUACACUCCAUGAACACAGUCCAUCGAGAUUUGAAAUGAGCCAAUGUAUUUUUAAUGAAAGAUGGUACUAUAAAGUUAGGCGACUUGAACGUCUCGAAAGUUUGUCGUGACGAAGCCCUGAUGUUCACUCAGACAGGCACUCCUUAUUAUGCUAGUCCAGAAGUGUGGAGAGACAAACCAUAUGAUUGUAAGUGUGAUAUAUGGUCACUAGGAGUGGUCCUUUAUGAAAUGACUGCUCUAAACCCACCAUUUAAAGCCAAGGACAUGAAGGCUUUGUUUAAGAAGGUUAUUAAAGGUAAUUAUCCAGAUAUUCCUUAUCAUUACUCAGAUGAACUUCGUACAGUUAUUGGUCUAUGCCUCACUGUUAAUGUAACUUCAAGACUAAGAGCCUUACAAUUAUUACAAACUAAAGAAGUGAAACAGAAAAUGUUACUUUUCGAGGAUGAAUUUGAAAAUAAUGAGAAUAUUGGUCCAAAUCAGUGUAGAGAUACUCUACUACAAACUAUUAAAAUCAAAGAUAACAAGAAAGACAGUAUUUUUAGUUUGAACAAAAGAUUGCCGAAAUCGAAAUAUCAUGCCUCAAAAUCUACUAAAAGAAGUCAUUCUCAGGAAGUUAAAGGCUCUAAAGUUCCGAGUGUAUUCAAAGAAGUAUUUGGAAAAGACUCUCAGAGAAGGCUGAACACUAGCAAGUUAACCUUGCUUAAAUGAAAAAUAAACCAAUCUUCAUCGAUUCAGAGGAAAGCAAAAGAGAAUUCAAAUAAUUAUGAUGAUGAGUUCUGCCCACGAGAUGAUGCUACUAAGCCAAGGAUUGGAACUGUACCUCAAAACACUGGAAUCAAUAGGGAAGGUAUCACCAGGAUUGUCCUUCCCAAAAUCCGUAAGAAGGGGUAUUCGAACCUAGAACACUCUCACAACCUCAAUAAUGUCUGCGUGAUGAAGAGGAAUUGACUCCCAAAUCUGUCAAAGGUGCAUAAGAGCACGCAUGAAGUGUUACCAAAGGAUAGAUACCUGAAAUACAAAAGUCUACUGAAUAAGAACAAGGUUGAGACAGAGAGAUAUCCUCCUUUUGGAGAGAAAGCAAGACUUCAAUCCUCUAAUUCUUCCCAAAGCAUGAGUGUCCAAGAGAUGAUGCUUGAUAAGAUCUAUGGAACAAUCGACCAGCAAAAGAAUGGAUUAUAAUUUUUCAAUGGACUUUGUAA